AUGCAGGGCAAUGCUCCAUCUUCAAUUCCGACUCCGCCCGACUUCAAUUCCCUGGACAGCCUGAUGACUUUGCGGGCGACACCGCUGCAACCCCCCGACUUUUCUCAUAUCUAUGGAGUAGAUGACAUUAUGCUUUUGAAUGCGCCGACAUUCCCUCUGCUGCCGGCCGCCGCGGUCUCCCGGGUUCAGUUUGCAUUUAAACAGCUACAAGAUGCCCCGAGGAUGAUGGUUCUUGAGAACCAGACAGCCUGGUGUCAUCCGCUGUUGUAUCGGAAUAAGAUGCCACGGUCUAUACGAGGAUUUGGCCGAGCCAUAACUAAAUACUUCAAUGUCCUAGAUGCAUACUCCAGUUGUGCAUUGCACUUGGCCAGGAACGCCGCCAAUUCUGCAAUGAUAUCUUCUAUAAUUGAAAGCCGAGUGGCAGAAAUUAUCACGUCAGAACAACCAAACACGCCCCUUGAAUGUUUGGCCCGCGUGCACGCUCUUAUCCUAUAUCAAACGAUUCGGCUAUUCGACAACGACGUGUCUUGUCGCCUCGCCGCCGAGGUAGCAAUGCCUUCACUACGCGCUGCGGUGGUCGCACUUCUCCCUCACGCCAAUUUUGAAGACACUUUAUCCCUAAGUAACGUGGCCACACGCUUUCUGUCGUCGUCAGAGGGGAGCUUCUGGGAAACCUGGGUGUUUGAAGAAUCCGCCCGUCGCACAAUGCUUUUAUCCAAUUAUCUCACCAGGAUUUGGGAACUCAUGCGCGGCGAUCAAGGACUACACUGCGAUUACAAGCUCGGCUUCUCGCACUGCUGGUAUGUUUCGUCGCAACUAUGGGAAGCCAAGUCGCCCUAUGAGUUCGCGGUAGCGUACGCGGAGAAGAGCCGGUUCCUAAUCAGUAACUUGGAUUUUACGGACCUACUGGUCCAUGGUAAACCGGAGGAUGUGGAUAUGUUCGGCAAGAUUAUGUUGACAGGCAGGUUGGGGCUUGAUGCAGCGCAAGAGUGGUUCGCUUCCCGAGGGGCUAUGUUUUGA